GGAGCUGACCCCAGAAUGAAUGUGCUAACCUUUCUCAGCCCCUCCUGUCCCUCUGCUCUUUGUGGUCUCCUCAGUCAGCCACCAUCGAGACCUCACUGUGUGCCAGUUCUUUUACUUGAUAUGGCUUUGUGUAAAGGAUUUGUAGAAGAUUUAGAUGAAUCGUUUAAAGAGAAUCGAAAAGAUGACAUUUGGCUUGUAGAUUUUUAUGCACCAUGGUGUGGCCAUUGUAAAAAACUGGAACCAGUCUGGAAUGAAGUUGGUCUUGAAAUGAAAAUCAUUGGCUCUCCUGUGAAAGUUGGAAAGAUGAAUGCUACCUCCUAUUCCAGCAUUGCUUCAGAGUUUGGAGUUCGAGGUUAUCCAACAAUUAAGCUAUUAAAGGGGGACUUGGCAUAUAAUUACAGAGGACCACGAACUAAAGAUGAUAUUAUUGAGUUUGCUCAUAGAGUGUCUGGGUGUACACACCUUGCCAUUCAUCACACCAACUGGGUGAACAGAAAGAUUACUUUCUGUGUCCUUCAGGUGCAGCUCCUGAAGUACACAAAGGCUACCAUUAUGUUGAAGUAUAUAAUUUCAUUAGAAAAGUAUGGAAUGUGUUAUGAAGAGUAUGAAGAUGGUGAUCUGUCAGCAUGGAUCAGUAGGGAAAGGUUUCAGAAUUAUCUUACUAUGGAUGGCUUCCUCUUAUAUGAACUUGGAGACACAGGAAAGCUUGUGGCUGUUGCAGUUAUUGAUGAGAAAAAUACAUCCAUUGAACAUACCAGAUUAAAGUCAAUUAUUCAAGAAGUUGCUAAAGAUUACAGAGACCACUUUCAUAGGGAUUUUCAGUUUGGCCAUAUGGAUGGAAAUGACUACAUAAAUACCUUGCUGAUGGAUGAGUUGACAGUUCCAACUGUGGUUGUACUGAAUACUUCCAACCAACAAUAUUAUUUGCUAGACAGACAAAUUAACAACGCCAAAGACAUGGUCAAAUUUAUUAAUAACAUUUUGGAUGGUACAGUACAAGCCCAAGGAGGUGAUAGCAUUUUUCAGAGAUUAAAAAGAAUAGUAUUUGAUGCCAAAUCUUCUGUUCUGUCUAUAUUCAAGAGCUCACCACUUAUGGGCUGCUUUCUCUUUGGCUUGCCAUUGGGUGUCAUCAGUAUCAUGUGCUACGGGAUCUACACAGCUGACACUGAUGGAGGUUACAUAGAAGAGCGAUAUGAACUGGUGUCGAAAAGUGAAAUGGAAGGUCAAGAACAGAUAGAAGAGAGCAAAGAGCAGCAGGAGCCAAGCGGGGGAGGAUCUCUACUGCCUACUGUGCAAGCGCCCAAGGAUGUAUUAGAAAAGAAGACAGACUGAGACUUGACAAGUAUAAAAUAUUUGAUAGGAUUUCAAAUUAUUAAAGAGUCUAUUUAUUGUAUUUGAGAGACUUAAUUAUAAUCUUUACAGAAGAGAACAUGUUAUUUGUAUUUUGCUAAUAUCAACUGCAUGGAUUAAAGUAGUCUUUCCAUAAAUGUGGAGUUGUUUGGAACAAAGAGAUGAAUGGUUUGUGUAAGACAAAACCAAAUCAGUUCAUCAGGGUUUCCCUUACAGAUGUUAUUAUACCAGAUCAGUUCUAUUUGCAUGUUUCUCUAUCUGAAUAUUCUGAGGUGAAGUUAGUAUUUUUGAGCCAGACAGAAUAUUUAAAUUGGCUGAUCAGGUAGAAGAUACAUGUUUGAUAUAGAAAAACAAUAUUUCCACUUAUUACCUUCCAUUCUCAUAUAUUUUGGCUAAUAUUUAUAUGGGAAAAAAUUAAGUCUUUAAAAUUUAGGCACUUUAAGGAAAACUUGUCACAUUUUCCAUGUAGCACAGGAAGAUUAUGAGGUUAAAAUACUGUAAUGUGGUUUUAUAUAGAAUAGUGACUUUAUUUUGUUAUUUUUAAAACAGAGAAAGUGUUACUUUUUAACUUUAUACUCAGUUGCAUUACUAUAAAAUUUUCAUAUGGGCCUAUAUAGUGGGAGAAGAAGUUUUGUUAUUGACCUUUGUAAAGUAACGAAGAUAUACUGGGAACAGUGGUUUCAACCCAUAUUCUGAAAUACCCUUUAACCAUCAAUAAUUGAAGGACGGAAACAUCUCUCUUAAUCCUACCUUGCUUUAGCCAAAGCAACCUAGUUCUUUUUGUUUGUUUGUUUCAUUUUUAUUUUAUAUAUUAAAAUUUAUUCUAAAAUUUCCCUUGAUGAAAGCAUCUGCAUUUUGAAAAGUAGUAUAUAUCAUGUUUGUUUGUGGUAUGUAACUUUGUAGUAAUUAAAUCCAAACUGUGUAUGUAUAUACAUGAAUGAAACUUGUCAUCACAUAUCUGUUAACUAAUACCAUGACAUACUGUGCUCAUAGUGAGUAAUGAGUGAUAUACUCAGCACAUCAAAUGGUAAACAUCACAUCCAAUUAGAAGAACAGUUUGGUGUGUUUAUUGUGGCUAAUUUUAUUUUAAGCUUUCUUAUUAGCUGUUUAGAUUUUUUUAUCUGAUUAACUAUUAUUUGGAUAACUAUUCCUUGAGUAAUUUAGUUACCCACUGUAAAGAAUUUUUAUUAUUUAAAAAUGUUUAGUCAUUUAAAAAUAUAUAAUUUAUGAUUCUGAUACUGAAGUUAUUUUAUUUAGGUCUUGGUUGCCCAGGGUAACUUUUGGUUCUUUCUGAUGCCAUACUAAUCAGGACAAACCUGAAACUGUUAUGUCUUAAGUGCUAAAAAGUUGCUAGUAAUUAUUUUAUCAUGUCCAUGUACUCUUCUUAUUUAAUAAUUAAGUAUCCAUUCUUAAUGUUUGCCCCUCCCCAUUAUUAACUUUAAAUAACAAAACAAAUAUGAAGGGAAGUUCAGGAUAGCAGGAUGAAAUGUUCUCAGAUGAAAACUGUAAGGUAAAUGUCAAUUUAACAGGUAGAUUUAUUUACAAAAAAUAGUAAGGGAUCUGGGGAGAAGAUAAAUAUUGUAUUAAUGUUCCAGGUGGUCAAGCUUGUCUGGCAGUAGGAAAAAGCUUGGAUAAAUAGAGCUUCUUCAUUUAAAACUCAUUUAAGACUUCAUUUUUCUUUGCAAAAGAAAAGCCCAAAUUUCAAAAGAUUAAUGGGGACAUGCUGAGAAGAGAUACAGAAUAAAAAGACUAUCCACAAGGUAUUGAAAAGCACAUAGUUAACAGAAAAUGCAACUGAUUUUUUUCCCCUUCAUCUUUAUCGCUAUCAAUUUUUAGUCUGCAUAUUUUGUCAUGUCAGUCAUAACCUGUAAAUAAGACUUCAGUGGGAGAAAAGGUAAAACUCAAUGCAUUCAGUAAAUAAAAACUCAGCAAUCAUCCUUUAUAUUCUUUGAUACUAUUCUAAGUAAAUGAAUGCCUUAGUUCUCUGUUAACCUUUGCACAGCUCUGUACUCUUGGCUCAUGUUCUCUUUGUACUUUUAAAGUAUGUUUCUUGGGAAAAUAAAAUGUUUAGGUGGUUUGUAAAUGA